AUGGAAAAUUAUCAAUUCUAAAUACAAUAUACACUUAGCUAAAGUGUAUAAUCAACACACUAAUCUAAAAAUGAAUUAUUGGAAUAGUUAUAAUUUAUGUAAAAUGAAACACUAUAAUUUAUUAAUAUAGAAGAAUCUGACGAAGAAAUAGACAUAACUAAACAGAAAUAAGUUAAAACAUAAUUAUUUUGUAGAAGAACAUCUAUUUAAGAAUCUUCAGAUAGUUCAUUUAAAAAAAAUGAUAUUUAUCCUGAUCAAACGUAAAUCAAAUAACAAGAACAGUAAAUUUAAUAAAACAAAUAACCAAAUGCUUUACAAAUAAAAAGAUCUAUGAAAAGAAGUCAAACUGCUUUUAAUAAAGAUUUUGGAACAUUUGCAAAAUAACAUGGGUCAAAAAUAUUUUUAAAGCGAGCGAAUUAAGCAAUAAUUAAUAAUUUUGAACAAAUAAGAAAAUAAAAAUCAAUUAUUACUAAUAAUAUUAGCUAAUUUGGAAAAUAGCAUCUUAGAACUAUUUAAGUUAAAUAUUUUAGAACAAAUCUUUCAAAAGUCUUAUUUAUUGAAAAGGAAAUGACUGCUAUAGAAUUUAUUGUACUUGCAUUAAAAGAGUAUUCACUUGAAAGAAGGUUUGAUUAAAAUUUAUUUGAAUACAAGAAUUACACUCUAGCCUAUCAAUUAGAAACUUUAGAAGAUCAAUUUGAAAUUGAUGAUGAUCGUUUCAGAAGACCUAUAUAACGUACAAAAAGCUUUAUUGAUAAGGAAGAAGAUAAUAUUGCAGUUAGAAGAGCCAGCUGUGAUGAAGUAUGAUAAGAAUAUUAAUUAUAAAGAGAGCAAUUGCAUCCUAAGUUGAGCAUUCUUUCUCAGAUUAUGAAGAUAAAACAAUUACUAUUGAUUAUCCAGUUGUUUUAAGUUGUAAAUAAGUAGAUAUUGUUGUCAAUUCAAAUUGUUAAACAACCUUUGGUAUAGAUCUAAUGACUCUGAAAAAAACAUAUGAAUUAUUUCCUUAAUAUAUCAUAUUAUUGAUAGAAGAUGCUUAAACUAGAUCUAAUUAAUAAAUUACAUGUCCCAAUAAUUCAAAUCUUGAAAAUGUAUUUGAUUCAUUCAAUAAUGGAUUAAAAAGGAAAAGAUCUUCUAAAGAUUACUUUUUAAGAUUAAAAUAUCCAUGUAUCCAUAUUGGUAUUGAUCCAUUAUGCUUAGAUACUCCAAUUAAUUAAUUACCAAUUCAUUGGUUAGUAUUGGAAAAAAAAUAAAUUAUUGAAAUCUAAACUCCAAAUCUAAUGGAGUUAAGUAAGAAAUUUUCAAAUUUCUAAUAACCAAAUUAUUAUGAAGAUGGAUUUAUAUCUUAUAAUCAACAAGAUUUACAAAUGAAAAUGGAAUCUAUCCAAUAUUUUACUUCUCUAUAUUCUUAUUAAGAGUUUUAAGUGAUGCAAUUAGAAAAGAAAUAAUAAUAUCAAGUUUUAAUUGGAAUUGAUUAUUUUGACAUUAGAAUCUUUUAUGUCAAUCAUUAGAAUAACUUAUUCCCUCAUUAUUCUAUGUUCUAGUAUAUAAAAAAUUAUAUUGUAGAUAUGUUCAAGAGUCACAAAAAAGAAGAGAAAAUUAUUAAAUUAAAGUCAAUCAAAAAAUGUUCUUUAGAUGAAAAAUAAAAUAAAUUCUAUUUCAUAUAUAAAAAUUCUGUAAGUAUUUUAAAACAAUUAUGCUUUAUACCAGAAUAAAGUAAUGAUAAAAGAAUUUAAAUUUAAGUUAAUAACUAAUUUUUUGAACUUUAUUAAAAAUUAGAUAAAUUAUUAGGAAUUAGAAAAAAUAAUUAAAGAAUAAAUGAAAAUUGA